UGCUGGCAGCAGCCUUCCAGACCACUCCGACAGUGACUGCAAGACUUCUCAACCUGAAGAGAUGAUUGUGUUCACUUUUCUCUUUGCUUUGCUGUGGGACAGAGCUCUUGGCUGGGGAUUCAAGGAUGGAGUGCUGCACAACUCGAUUUGGCUAGAGCGGGCAGCUGGAGUAUAUCACCGAGAGGGAAGGUCCGGAAGAUACCAACUUACCUAUGCAGAGGCAAAAGCAGUAUGUGAAUAUGAAGGAGGACAACUAGCUACAUAUCAGCAGUUGGAAGCUGCAAGAAAAAUAGGUUUUCAUAUGUGUGUUGCUGGCUGGCUAGCUAAGGGAAGAGUUGGCUAUCCCAUUGUCAAACCUGGAAGCAACUGUGGCUUUGGCAAGACUGGCAUUGUUGAUUAUGGGUUUCGGCUCAACAGAAGCGAGAAAUGGGAUGCUUAUUGCUAUAACCCAAAUGGAAAAGAUUGUGGUGGGAUCUUCACAGAUUCAAAACAUAUAUUUAAAACCCCUGGCUACCCAAAGGAGUAUGAAGAUGAUCAAAUCUGUUAUUGGCAUAUCAGAGUGAAGUAUGGUCAGCGGAUCCAGAUUCAGUUCCUUGACUUUGAUCUUGAAGAUGACACAGCUUGCAUGGCUGAUUACUUAGAAAUAUAUGACAGCUAUGACGAUGUCAAUGGCUUUGUGGGAAGGUAUUGUGGAGAUGAACUUCCAGAUAACGUCAUUAGCACAGGAAACGUCAUGACUCUGAAAUUUCUGUCUGAUGCUUCAGUAACAGCAGGAGGCUUUCAGAUUAAAUACAUUGCUUUAGACUCACCCAAGAGGAGUGGCGGAAAAAAUACAACUACUCAAGACAGCACAAAUUACUUAGCUGGAAGAUUUGGCAUUAUAUGAAGAAACAUUGACAUGAAGGAGAAAAAAAUGCCAUUAAUGCCUGACUAAAGUCAUCUUCCCAUUCCCCAUCAGCUCAAUUGCUAAAGCUACCAGCUUCCUCCUGGUGGAUCCUGCCCCCCAUAAUUUUCUGCCUGUUACCUUCUCUUCACUGGAAUUCUAGCUGCAUACAUUACACAACCCUCCAUUCAACAGUAAUUCUCACCAUCACGUGGAUCCUCUCAUGACUCUUCCUGCAUCUCCAUCUACCACCAUAAAAAUCCUCUUUUUUGUCACACUCGUUUCAUUUUUUUCAGCCAGCAUUUUAGGGGCCAAGUGACUGUGUGCAAAUAAAUUAUCUUUGUGCUUCAGGGAUGCUUUCUGAUAGCCACUUUGAAUUGUAGGCAAUAAUGAUUUCCUAGAACCAGAAUAUGAAGAAACAUUUAAUCCAGAUUCAACAACUAUACUGCCUCUGAUGUAUUAUUGAGAUUUUUAAAAUAAUUAAAAAUUAACGGACUUUGGAA